UAGCCACUAGGUAAAUAUUUACGUGUACGAUCACAUGGAUAUCAAGUUUAGUUGUUUUUUUUCUUCUUCCAUCUUUUUUUCGGCGCUACCGUUCUUCUUGGAAACUGGAGUAAUGUGCUCGUUCUGGCCUCAACGACGGAGGCUGGCCGUGCUUUUGUAUAUUUAGUGCAUAAACUCCUUGAAGAUGAGCGCUUUUGCUUGGAGCUGCUACUCCAACAAGCCGCCUCUGACAGUCUGUGGGAUUGCCCUGUGUUCCUUUCCUGCGCAAUCUAAAUAUAAGUCGGUGACAAAUAGUCCAAAUACAGUAGCAACCCAACUGUGAUGUGGGGGUGGUGCUGAGAGAACAGCUCCUUCUCCAAAGUCCCCCCUCUGUUGGAUCCGGAGUCCGUCAGGAGAAGGUGGCAGAGAGCCUCAGCUCCCACCUGCGCUCGAUUUUUCUCUCCCCCUCUCCUUAUUAUCAUGAAGAGACAAAACGCCAGGACUCUCGCCCUCAUCAUGAGCAUCCUCACCUACCUGGUGGUCGGAGCGGCCGUCUUCGAGACCCUGGAGUCGAAGCAGGAGAAAAGUCACAAGAGGAAGCUCGACGCCAGAAAGUACGAACUCAUGCGCAAAUAUAACUUGACCAAAGAGAACUUCGAAGAGCUCGAGCAUGUCGUUUUACAGCUCAAUCCUCACAAAGCAGGGGUCCAGUGGAAAUUUGCUGGGUCCUUUUACUUCGCCAUCACUGUGAUUACGACGAUAGGUUAUGGCCACGCGGCGCCGAGCACCGACUCAGGGAAAGUGUUCUGCAUGUUCUACGCCCUCCUAGGGAUCCCGCUGACCCUGGUCAUGUUCCAGAGUCUGGGCGAGAGGAUCAACACGUUUGUCAGAUACCUGCUGCACCAAGCCAAGAAGUGCCUGGGAAUGCGUCACACCGAGGUCUCCAUGGCAAACAUGGUGACGGUGGGCUUCUUCUCCUGUAUGAGCACCCUGUGCGUGGGGGCUGUGGCAUUCUCUCACUCGGAGGGAUGGAGCUUUUUAAAUGCCUUCUACUACUGCUUCAUUACACUCACCACUAUUGGCUUUGGAGACUACGUGGCUCUGCAGAAGAAUGAGGCCCUGCAGAAUGACCCUAAAUAUGUGGCUUUCUGCUUUGUUUACAUCCUCACGGGCCUGACGGUGAUUGGAGCGUUCCUAAACCUGGUGGUGCUUCGCUUCCUGACCAUGAACACUGAGGAUGAACGCAGGGACGCCAAGGAGAAGGCAUUGCUCUCUGUCAGUAAGCCCAGAGGAGAGGUGGCUCAUCUGUUACCAGUCUCAAUAUCAGCUUCCUCCACACCUGUAGCAGAUAACACCACAAAGGCUAAAGAUUUAAAAGGUGUCUACACUGAAGUGCUUCAAUUCCAGACUAUUUGCUCCUGCUUAUGGUACAGGAGCGAGGAGAAGGAGCAGGACUCCAUACCCAACAUGAUCCCUCAGGAGAUGACAUUCUCCGAUGCCUACUUGCAGCAGAACAAUGACUGUGCUCACUACAUGGAGCCUGGCUCAACAGGCUGCGUUUGCAGUCCACGUCAGUGCACGAGCAUAAGCCCAAUAUCAGGCCUACACAUUUUCUCUCCAUUCAGGAUGUUUAAGAGACGCAGCUCCGUGUAGCCUUUUCAGCACAACAGAUUUCAUUACAGCAUAAUUUGUCUAUAACUGCCAAGUGGGCAGCAGAUACUUGGCAGUCCUCAGCAAAGACAUGACUGCAAGUCGAUGUUUGUGGUGCUACAAUCCCAGUAAUCCAGAAGCAUAACGUGCAAAAAGGGAAAAAAAGCACAUAGAGUACUGUAAACACAAAUAUAUAUAUUUGAGCAACAUCACAGUGUUUUUAACUGAGGUGUUAUUCGAGGGCAUCCAGUAUGCUUUGAGGAAUCCUGUAGGUGUGUCGAAAUUGAUCUGGUUAGCUGCACAUGAACAAUACGUCUGCGCAGUGUGUAGGUAAGAGCAGAGGCUUCGGAGCGGUGGCACAGUGAAAGGGUGACAUAAAAAAAUGAAUAAAUGAUUAAAACCUGU